AUGCCUCUUUUCGUUGAAUUCGCCGAGCCCCUUCGACGGCCCACCGCGGAGCGGGUCGGCUUCCACACCAGCAAUCUCGAGAUGGAGCUGUUUCAUGACCUCGGCCACUCAACGUCUCUCUCCGGUUGCAAUGGAGGGGAGAUCAGAAACUCUCUUGCUCCACCCAAACAAAACAGUCGGCGAACACACGCAAAGAUGAAAUUGCGAGCAGUUUUCGAGAGCGCCGUCUUGCCAAUUUCCAUGCGUCCGCAGAGCCGCACCGCGUCACCGCGACCCGCACCCACGCCGCCACCGCCACGGCGUCGCCGUCCCGCCGCGGUGGAACACCGGGUCGGCAUUACCAGGCAAGGCAGUUACGAAACACGUGCGCGCUUCUGCCCUAGCGGGUGGGCAGGAUGCCACCCCCAAACCGCCCUAAUGCUGUUGUAA